AUGACUCAACUUCCUCAGCAAUCAAAACUCAACAAACCUACAAAAUCGUCACCAAAGUCAUCCACAAAACAAGUUACGAGCAUCAAAAAAGACAAUCAGCCUAGAAUCCAAUCCGAUGACGAUGAUUCAGGAGCGGAAAGCAGUUCAGGAUUGUUCGACAUUUCACAAGCAGAUCAAAUGAAACUUAUCGAACAAACUGGAAUCUUAUCUCGUAUACCAAUGUCAAAACCUAGUCAAACCAAACGUGAUUCUCAAAAACCACUCCUAGAGUUCGCUAAGCAUGAAAUCCCAAAACUUACACCUGAAUCUGAUGAAAGUUCAACGGAGGAGGAAGAGGAAGAAUCAGACACACUUCCUCUUUGGGUAGACCGAGCUUUCGAUACCUUUCUAUGGACUAUCCCUUUUUGUACUAUCUUCAUUUGUUUAGAUGUAGCAAUUCAUGCGCAAUACGGCCAAGAAGUCUCAUUCAACACAGAACUCAAAAGAUUGGUCAAUGUAGCACCAUCACUAAUCGUACUCAUCCAUUUCACUCUCCAUUCCCCUAAGCACCUCUUCACUCGCUUCACCCUUUUCGGUUUAUCAGCUAUCGGUGGAUCUUACAUGGUUUUCGUCAUGAAUAAAUAUUCUUAUCUAUUGGUGAUGAAACAAACUCCAGCUCUUGGUACACUUUGGAUUUAUUCUGUAGUCCGGAUGGAUUUGAUUGAUGCGGUCAUCAGUUUGGUUAUUGUUGCUGGUUGGUGUUGGGUUAAGAAAUUGAGCCUUAUGGUUUGA